AAGCUUUUAAGGCUCUUAACAUAUCAAUACUGCAACGUGUAAUGUGUAUGAUUAUGUGUAAUAAGGAAGUUGUUCAUACUUUUCACAUGUUUUCACAGUGCUCGGUGUUUCAGAGGUUCUUCAUGUUGUGAAGCGUUUAGGACUAGAUGGUGGACAUGGCAGCACCUGUGCCAGGUCGUCAGGGUAGGCGCUGGUCAUUUGACGCUGCGAUUCCGCUGAUGUCCCCACCAGUUAAGACUACACCCCAUGCAAGAAGAAAUAGGUCAAGUUCUGUGGUUGGUCCAGAGAGCAUUUUCAUCCCUCCUCCAUUAGCAGAGAGACAUGGCAGCCUUCAUCAACUAUUGCAGAAAAACUGGAGAAAAUUCCAGCAGAGAAGAAACUCCUCCUCUCAUCAUAAAGACUUUAUUAUCUUGGCCUCCAUGGAUGAUGGUUCAACUGAAAUCCUGACAGGGGGCCAAGGGCGGUCCGUGAGGGAGGUGUUGAGCUCGGCGGGGAGGAUGGAGCUGAGGAUUAGUAGUUACCGGGUAAUCAUGGCUUCCUCACGCUCUACCCUUCCUAAUUUCACCUCUACCAUGUCCAUGUCAGAAAGCCUCGAGGAUCUGCUUGAAGAAUUCCAGGAUGGCGACAACCUGGAAAGCUUGGCAUCAACUGAUGGACGAUAUGCAAGUCUCCACAACCUGCUGGAGAGUGAGAGAGUAUACCAACAGAACCUGAGAACUAUAUUUGACACCUAUGCCGAACCACUUAGAAAAUUCUCUGCCCUGAGCAAAGAAGAGCACAAGGUCCUGUUUUCAGGAAUAGAGCCAAUUCUAUCUGUCAGCAUUAUGUUAUGCUCAAAGUUAGAGGAUGCCUUAAGACAAUGGGACCCUGGAACAGCAGGUUUGGGAAACCUGUUCUCCAAGACUUUCUGGCAACCGUAUGAAGAAUAUUUAAUCAACUCCAGAGCCACUGCUGAGUAUAUCAAAGAGAAGCGUAACACCGAUGAACCGUUCUCAGAGUUCUGUGAACUUCGCCGUGGCUCAUCGGAUCAGUUGUCCUUGGAGGAGCUGUUAAUGCUUCCUGAUCAGAUCUGUUGUCAUGUGUUGCAGUGCUGAAAUUAAGAUUUGUGGAGUAACGCACAACGUAGUCUGACACAGUGUUUAUUUAGGUCAAUCUCUCCAUCAUUUCUCUUCAUACCACGUGUGAGUACAAAUUUUCUUGACUUAAGUUAUAACCCAGGUGUUGCGGACGAACUGUUUCUGGACUCAUACACAACUCUCUUGGGAUAUUGAAACACUUGUGCUGAUUGAACACUUAUCAAACUUUUGCGUAACUGCGAGCAGUUUGCUUGUUGUUUCAAAGACGUUUUACCAAUACCUGCGUUAAUUUAAGCAUAUUUCGAUCUUAGUAUGCCUUUUUAGUUGUGUUACGUAACAGUGGUUACCUCUUUAAACCCACAGUAAGGGUAAAUCACAUAUCAUAAGUUCUUCUCUAAUUUUUGUUCCAUAGUGUAAUGUAAUCGAAUCUCCUUACAGUGGAGAACCCUCAUGCCAGUGUGGCAUAAUUUUAGGUCAAUUUGAAAGUAGUUCGGCUUAUUGAGGCAGGGAUGAUUUCGGCUGUUUUAACUGUAUUUUUCCUUGUAUUAUUUUGAAUGUUUGUGUAAACAGUGAACCUUUUUUUUGUUUUAUUGUAGCUUUUUACCACAGGUUGAACUCAAUUCACAAGUUUCACACAUUUUAACCGUUUUCACCUACAUCUCUCCCAUCCUGUGACUUGAGCAUACAGAGAUGAUUUAAGUGAUGAUUGAAUGAAAUGAGCAAGUUCUUCCUGGUUAUCUAU